AUGGGAAAUCUUAUUAAAGUUUUGGGAAAAGAUUUAGAGAACUGUCCACAUUUUUUUCUGGAUUUUGAAAAUGCACAGCCCACGGAGGCAGAAACAGUAGUGUGGAAUCAAGUCAACUCUGUCCUAGAAGAAGCCCAGAGUAUCCUGGCUGAACUGCAAUCCUACCGGGGUGCUGGGCAGGAAAUAAGACAGGCAAUACAGAAUCCACUGGAUUUGCAUCUACAGGAAGAGGCAUGGCGGGCUGUAUGUCCUCUAGUAGCCAAACUUAAACGCUUCUAUGAAUUCUCUCUACGACUUGAAAAUGCACUGCACAGCCUGCUGGAAGCACUUACGUCACCUCCGUAUGCUCCAACCCAACACCUGGAGAGAGAGCAGGCCCUGGCCAAGCAGUUUGCUGAAAUCCUGCAUUUUACCCUCAGCUUUGAUGAGCUCAAGAUGACAAAUCCAGCUAUACAAAACGACUUUAGUUAUUACAGGCGGACUGUGAGUCGUAAUCGACUAAAUAACUUCCAGGUGGAUGCGGAGUGUGAUGUAAACAAUGAGAUGGCAAAUCGCAUGUCUUUGUUCUAUGCGGAUGCUACACCUAUGCUGAAAACGCUGAGCAAUGCAACUACCAAGUUUGUCUCUGAGAACAAGUCUUUGCCGAUUGAGGACACAACAGACUGUUUAAGUACUAUGGCAUGUGUUUGCAGAGUUAUGCUUGAGAAUCCUGGUUACCGUAGCCGUUUCACCAGCAAUGAGACCUUGCUGUUCUGUAUGCGAGUCAUGGUUGGUGUAAUUAUCUUGUAUGACCAUGUCCAUCCUGUUGGAGCAUUUGCAAAAACCUCUAAAAUUGAUAUGAAAGGCUGCAUCAAGGUACUGAAAGACCAGCCAUCAACAAGCACAGAAGGGCUUCUCAAUGCUCUCAGAUAUACAACCCGUCACCUGAAUGAUGACACCACAUCCAAGCAGAUCAGAGCUCUUCUACAGUGA